CCACCGUCGACCAGAGCUUUCACAUACAUAACUCGAUAAUGAGUGCAGCAAGUAUAAACGGAAAGUGCGCCAUCCGCGAGGUUGCGGCGGAUGUUUGGACAUUCUCGUGUCCAUUCUCACGGUUUGGCGUGGUUCCGUUAGGGGGGCGGUCGACUGCAAUUAAGAUGCGGGACGGAGGUGUUUGGCUCUUGGCAUCCACACCGCUCACGGACGAGACCAAAACCAAGCUUGAUGAACUUGGACCGGUGAAGUGGAUCGUCGGUGCAGACGCUGUCCAUCACCUCUACCUUGGCGAUUUCAAGAAGCAAUAUCCAAAUGCAAAGAUCGUUGCGGUCAAGGAGGCAAUUGAUAAGAAGGCCAAGGAAGGCUUGGAAUACCAUGGAGCUUGGGGUGCAGACAGCCCCGAUACCCAAUAUGGCUUUGAAGAGGAGAUCAAGCAUUGUUAUUUUUCUGGAUUCAAGAACAAAGAUGUCGCCUUCUACCAUCCUGCGUCCAAGACUAUGUUGGAAGCAGACCUCCUGUUUAACCUUCCACCUACCGAGCAGUACUCCAACACAGGCUCCUCUGGGCGCAUCCCAGUCAUUGGAACACUGAAUCCAUACAUGUGGCUUCACAAGCGGAUCGUAUGGAGCCUCGGUGUGGACAAAGAGGCUAUGAAGCGCGAUGUCAGGACAGUCGCGAACUGGGACUUCGACCGCAUCAUACCAUGCCAUGGUGACGUCAUUGAGAAGGAUGGAAAUGCCGCUUGGCGAGAAGCAUAUAAGUGGUAUCUGGACUAGGCUAGCAUGGCCCUUUUUCUUGGACAUAAUUCGCCGUCUUCGCGUGUAAUUUGUAUCAUCGAUGUACACCCUCGGUGUACGACCGACGUGUUCAAUUAGGGAAUCAUGCUAAUUGGAAGUUAGUGGACACUGC